AUGAAGUACUUCUAUUACAAGGAUUUUUCUCAGAUUGUUGCACGCAAUUUUGCUCAUAAUCGCAAAGAGGAAGACAGAGAUACAGUUACAUCAUCACAUCUUCAAAGGCUAAUGGAGAGGUUGAAAUUAUAUGAUGUAGUUGAACAUAAAGUUUCUGGAGAUGGAAACUGUCAAUUCCGGGCACUAUCAGACCAAAUAUAUGGGAAUAGUGAGCAUCACAAGUUCAUGAGGGAACAAGUUGCUAAACAACUCGGGUCACAUAAAGAGUUGUAUGAAGGUUAUGUUCCAAUGGACUACGAUGAAUACGUGAAGAAGAUGACCAAGUGUGGCGAAUGGUGUGAUCAUGUAACUUUGCAGGCUGUUGCAGAUUUAUAUGGUGUUCAGAUAUUUGUCAUUACAUCAUUUAAAGAUACUUGCUACAUUGAGAUUCUCCCACAAUGUCGUUAUAAGUCGAACAAAAUCAUUCUUUUGAGCUUUCAGGCUGAAGUGCACUAUAAUUCAAUCUAUCCACAAGGACAGGGGCGGAUCUAUUAA